GUACUUCCUUACUGAAUCUAUAGAAAGCCAUAGAAAUUAUAUGAAGUAAAGUAUGCAUUAGUGCAUACUUGCAUGUUGCAUCGUCGUUGACAGACAGUUGUCGGUCGUUUUCGUAAAUGGUCGUUUAUUGGUAGUCAGUGGAUUAGAGUUAUAGUUACCUUUUAAUUGUUGUUCAAAAAUAAAAACUUAACUGUUAUUAAAAUUUAUUUAUUUACAAUAUUUUAUUAUUUUUUUUGUUUUUGUUAUUGAAAUGAAUCCAACCGAUGAUAUGGUUUACAGUGUCAUAGCUGCUGUUUCAAAGAAUGGAGGUAUUGGCUACAAGGGUAAUCUACCAUGGAAAAUUAAAAAGGAAAUGGAAUACUUCAAUCUGAUGACUACUCGGGUGAAUCUUAAAGGCGUUCAAAAUGCGGUUAUUAUGGGUCGCUGUACUUGGCAAUCGAUUCCAGAUAAAUAUAGGCCACUAAAAGGACGAAUAAAUGUAGUUAUUUCUAAAACAUUGAACAGUGUGCCAGAAGGUGUUUUAUUGUAUCCAAAACUUGAAGAAGCCUUAAAAUCAUUAUAUUUAAAUGAUCGUAUUGAGAAUCUUUGGGUAAUUGGUGGUUCAGGAUUGUACAAGGAAGCUGUAAAUGAUAAAAAUUGCAAAAAAUUAUUUAUUACAAAAAUUGAUCAAGAAUACUUGUGUGAUACUUUCUUUCCCGAUUUUGAUACUAAAAAAUUUGAAGAAACAAGCGAAGCAAAUGUACCUAAAGGAAUUCAAGAAGAUAAUGGUAUUAAAUAUGAAUUUAAAGUUUUCAAGAGGUUAUGAUUGUUGAAGCAUAAUAAUAUAUUGGUAUUGUUUUUGUUACAUGAAUAAUAGCCAAGAGGUACCCAUGUAAUUGUGAAAAUUUAAUUAUUUUAAUUAUAAAUAAAAUCAAUAUUUUAUACUUUUUCUCCUGGUGACUGUUAAUGCUUAUUUUGAACAUUAAUUUUUCUAUUUUUUUCUUAAGGUUUCACAUGUCCUAUAUUAAAAGCCAAAGAAAAAUUAUUAAAUAUUAAUUGUUACAUGUUGAUAUAAAAUUAUAUAUCAAUUGGCCAGUGGUCUCGACAAAAUUAGUGAGGAUUAGAAAUUGGGAUCGCUUAGCACCCCCAGUUUUGAAAUUAGCACCCUCAUUAAUUAUGCCAUUUAUAUAACUUACUAGUUAUGAACAGUGUAAAGCCAUUACUGUAUAUUUUUAUAUUUAUAUUGUAUUUUUUAUAUUAGCAAGGUGUUUGUAAUUAAUUAAAUAAAACAAAAUAAUAAAU